CUCAGAUGGCCUGCGCGCUUCUGCGCCCCCUGCUGGCCAUCAGCAGCCACGUCCUGGACCGGCCGGAGCGGCUAACUGCGACUGCGCCCUCCGAAGCCCGCCGGGACCGUCUGGGUGCUUGCCAAAGCGCUGGCCUGGGCCGGAAGCGGAAGUGAGGUCGAGUUCGCCUCGCGCGCUUCUCCCACCGCAGCCACUCCCAACCCUGAGGGUUGGGUCGCUUUGCGCAAGUGCCGGAAGCGGAAGUUGUUAAGACGUGGGGGAGUUCUUGGGAGAGAGUCGAGAGCGCUCCGUGUGUUCGCUCUGCGGCAGCCUGAGCAUCAGGUAAAGCGCAUUUGUGAGACCUCGGCAGCCCUGCUACCCGGCCCAAGCCGGAUCCCGACCCCGUAUCCUAACCUGAGGGGUGUGGUACCCGGUGCUCCGACUCCUUCCUAGGGUCCUGGUGGAGGUACCGGGAGUCACUUGUUCCUCCCUUGGAGUGAGGUCCCCCGUCCGGCUUCCCGGUGUCGCCGUAGACCUCCGCCAUGGGCAACACGAGCAGCGAGCGCGCUGCGCUGGACCGGCAGGGCGGCCACAAGACGCCCCGAGGGGACAGCUCGGGGGGCUCCAAGGAUGGGGACAGGCCCAAGAUCCUGAUGGACAGCCCCGAGGACGCUGACCUCUUCCACUCCGAGGAAAUCAAGGCUCCGGAGAAGGAGGAGUUCCUGGCCUGGCAGCACGAUCUGGAAGUGAAUGACAAAGCUUCUGCCCAGGCUCGGCCAACUGUGUUUCGAUGGACAGGGGGCGGAAAGGAAGUUUACUUAUCUGGGUCCUUCAACAACUGGAGUAAACUUCCCCUCACAAGAAGCCACAAUAACUUUGUAGCCAUCCUGGACCUGCCCGAAGGAGAACACCAGUACAAGUUCCUCGUGGACGGUCAGUGGACCCACGACCCUUCUGAGCCGGUAGUGACCAGCCAGCUUGGCACAGUAAACAACGUCAUUCAAGUGAAGAAAACUGACUUUGAAGUAUUUGAUGCUUUAAUGGUGGAUUCCCAAAAGUGCUCCGAUGUGUCUGAGCUGUCCAGUUCCCCACCGGGACCCUACCAUCAGGAGCCCUACGUCUGGAAGCCAGAGGAGCGGUUUAAAGCACCCCCCAUCCUCCCGCCGCAUCUUCUCCAGGUCAUCCUGAACAAGGACACGGGGAUUUCCUGCCUUCACUGCACGGCUUUCUUCCUGCCCCUCCUCCAAAGAGAGGACAGAACCACGGCCCACGAUCUAGAUGCAGCCUGGCCAGAGAUGCGCACCAGUGCGCCCAGCAGACACCCCGAGAGUGCCCCUUAGUUGGAGCGCCAGGCAUGACCCCUCGCCCACCCAGUCACCGUGCACAGGCCCUUUCACCGCCUGACAAGGAAGAAAGGGGCCUGAGAGGCUGCCUCCUUCCCUCU